AUGGGCACGGAAAUAUCACGUGACAUUCGACUUCAAUCGUUCUGGCAGGAAGAAACGGACCAAAUGGAUUCCCAAGAUCCUAGCCAAGUUUUUACCCCCGCUGAUCGAAUCCGCCAGUUGAAUGAGAUUGACAAAGACGUAACAAAGCUCCUCAAUGCUGCAGGCGUUGCGAUAAGCUCGCUGAGCAAUUCUUCCUCCGCCACUGCAGGACAACCGUCGAGUGAACUCCCCCCCGUUGACGGGACGCUGGAAUCACAUCAAGCAGCUUUCAAAGCCGCGAGCUCCCAAUACUUCGCCCUGCUCUCGUCCAUUGAUGUACGAUUACGUCGCCAAGUAUAUGCUCUGGAAGAGGCGUCAAUCAUCAGACCUGAUUCAGCUGAGAUGGCAGGCGGUGGCGGUGGGGGAACUACCUUUACAGUUUCUACUUCGGGAGGAAUUAACCCGCUUGACACUAGCUGGCUGAAUAGUCGAAAGGAUACGGUUGGGAAGGAUAAGGAGGCAGAGCUAUGGGCGGAAGCCAGCAGGUUUGCGACACAGCUGGAGAAGGGCAAGGGGGGAUACAGGAAUGAAUCUGGAGGGGGGGAUGGGGAUGGUUCUUCGGAGGAAAUGGAAACCAUGGAUGUGGAUUGA